CAGAAAGAGGAAGUGUUUUAUAGGAGGUUUCCUGUGGCUUCAGCACUCAGAGGCAGGGAGUAGGUCAUGGAGCAGGGGUUAGGCAUAGGAGAGGUCUCUGAUGAGAUGAACCGAAUGGAUCUGUCUGAGAGAGCAAAGGAUGAACUCCGGGAAACAGCUUUGAAGUCACUUCAGGAAAAUAAGCCUCCAUCGUUAGAGCUGGCCCAAGUACAGGAAGAAGAUGUCACAAACCUACAAGAAACGAAAGAAGAUUUGGAAGGAGAAAAGCCAGAUAAACAAGAUAAAUACAGAAAUAUAUUGAAAAAGAAGUUCUGUCAACGCUGGAAGAACUUCUGGCCCAGGUUCAGUGAAGAUGUUUGUAUUGUCACCCAAAGAUAUGAGACCCUGAUCCCAUUCUGUAAUCCUAAAAUGCUGGCCGGGCCAUUCCCACACACUGUGGUGCUGCACGGUCCUGCUGGUGUUGGGAAAACCAUGCUGGCAAAGAAACUGAUGCUGGACUGGACACAGGACAACCUGGCAGAGACCUUCAACUUCGCCUUCUACCUCAGCUGCAAGGGGCUCAACCACAGGGGGACGUGCACCUUUGCAGAGCUGAUAUCUGCCAACUGGCCACAUGUGCAGGACGACAUACCUGCGAUCCUGGCCCGGGCACAGAAAGUCCUGUUCAUCCUCGACAGUUUUGAUGAGCUGAAGGUCCCCUCGGGGGCACUCAUCCACGACAUAUGUGGCGACUGGAAGAAGCAGAAGCCGGUGCCCGUCCUCCUGGGGAGUUUACUGAAGAGAAAGAUGCUACCCAAGGCCACCUUACUCAUCACCACCCGACCGGGAGCCCUGCGGGAGCUGCGGCUCUUAACAGAACAGCCGCUCUUCAUAGAGAUCGAGGGAUUCUUGGAGGAGGACCGGAAGGCGUAUUUCCUGAAACACUUUGAAGAGGAGAGUCAGGCCCUGCGAGCUUUCGACUUGAUGAAGAACAAUGCGGCUCUGUUCCAGCUGGGCUCGGCGCCCUCCGUGUGCUGGAUGGUCUGCACCUGCCUGAGACAGCAGAUGGAGAGGAGGCAGGACCCCGCCGCCACCUGCAGGACGACCACGGCCCUGUUCCUGCACUUCCUCUGCAGCCGCUUCCCCCCACCGCACAGCGGCGGCCCCAGGCGGGACCUCCAGGCUCCGCUCAAGCCCCUGUGCCUCUUGGCUGCUGAGGGCGUGUGGACACGGAGCUCUGUGUUCGAUGGGGAAGACCUCAGGCGACUUGGGGUGGACCCGUCUGCCCUCUGUCCUUUCCUGGACGGGAAUAUUCUCCAGAAGAGUGAAGACGGUGAGGCCUGCUACUCUUUCAUCCAUUUCAGUGUCCAGCAGUUUCUGGCCGCCAUGUUCUAUGUCUUGGAGCUGGAAGAGCAAGAGGAGGAAGGGCUGGGCGGCCGCCGGUGGCACGUUGGGGAUGUGGGGAAACUGCUGUCCAAGGAGGAAAGGCUGAAGAACCCCAGCCUGACUCACGUCGGGUACUUCCUGUUUGGCCUCUGCAACGAAAGAAGGGCCAUGGAGCUGGAGACGACUUUCGGCUGUCUGGUAUCAACGGAGAUCAAGCGGGAGCUACUGAAAUACACAUUGAUGCCCCAUGGGAAGAAAUCCUUUUCCAUGAUGGACACGAAGGAGGUUCUGAGCUGUCUCUACGAGUCUCAGGAGGAGCAGCUUGUGAAAGAUGCCAUGGCCCACGUUAAGGAGAUGUCCCUGCAUUUGAAAAAUAAAACGGAUGUCGUGCACUCAUCAUUCUGCCUCAAGCACUGUGGAAACUUGCAGAAACUUUCACUGCAGGUAGAAGAGGGGAUAUUCCUGGAUAAUGAUACCACACUGGAAUCAGGCACUCAGGUUGAAAGGUCCCAGAAUGAGCAACACAUGCUCCCUCUCUGGAUGGAUCUUUGUUCUGUGUUUGACUCAAGCAGGAAUCUGCUGUUUCUGGACAUCAGUCAGAGCUUCCUCAGUACCUCUUCAGUGAGAAUUCUUUGCGAAAAAAUAGCCUCUGCUGCAUCUAGUCUCCAGAAAGUGGUCCUCAAAAAUAUUUCCCCAGCUGACACUUAUCGGAACUUCUGCAUGGCUUUUGGUGGUCACAAGACUUUAACACAUCUGACCCUUCAAGGAAACGACCAGAAUGACAUGCUUCCCCCGUUGUGUGAGGUCUUGAGGAACCCCAAAUGUAAUCUGAAGUAUCUCAGGUUGGUGUCUUGUUCUGCCACCACUCAGCAAUGGGCUGAUCUCUCCUGCUGCCUCAAAACCAAUCAGUCCCUCACAUGCUUGAACCUCACAGCAAAUGAGUUCCUGGAUGAGGGAGCCAAGUUGCUCUACAUGACCCUGAGAUAUCCAACGUGCUUCCUACAGAGGUUGUCGUUGGAAAACUGUCAGCUUACAGAAGCCUACUGCAAAGAUCUGUCUUCGGCUUUGAUUGUCAACCAAAGGCUGACCCACCUGUGUUUGGCCAAGAAUGCUCUUGGAGAUCGUGGGGUGAAAUUGCUGUGUGAGGGCCUGACUUACCCUGAAUGUCAACUGCAAACCCUGGUGCUAUGGUGUUGCAACAUAACCAGCGAUGGCUGCAUUCAUCUCUCGACACUCCUCCAGCAAAAUUCAAGCCUCACACACUUGGAUCUGGGACUGAAUCACAUAGGAAUUAUUGGAUUGAAGUUUCUGUGCGAGGCUUUGAAGAAACCACUGUGUAAACUAAGAUGUCUAUGGUUGUGGGGAUGUGCCAUCACUCCCUUCUCUUGUGCAGAACUCUCAUCUGCCCUUAGAAGCAAUCAGAACCUGAUCACGCUGGACCUGGGCCAAAAUUCCUUGGGGUCCAGUGGAGUAAAUAUGCUGUGUGAUGCCUUGAAACUUCAAAGUUGUCCCCUCCAGACACUCAGGUUGAAGAUAGAUGAAUCUGAUGCUCAAAUCCAGAAGCUGCUGAGAGAAAUGAAGGAAAGCAACCCACAGCUGACUAUUGAGAGUGAUCAUCGAGACCCAAAAGAUAACAGACCUUCUUCUCAUGACUUCAUUUUCUGAAUCCCCCUGGAGCCAUUCAUUCCCCAGUAAAUUCCUAGAUCAUCAAGGUGAUGGUGAACUUCCCAAGAGCCUUCUCAGUGAUGUUAGUUGCUUAGCCAUAUGUUAGUUUAGCCAUGGUUGAGCCUCUGGUUUACAUAAAACAUACACUCAUCACUUAACCCUGUGGUGGAUGAAAUGUCUGUAUCUUGAGUUUAUCAAGAAAAAUAAAGGUGAAAGCAUUCA